CCUAUAUAAGGGCGGGCGCGGGCGGUGCCGGCGGCGCCGCAUUGCAGACGGGCACGGAGGGGGAAGCGAUGGCGCGGCCGCUGAUCCUCGGGCUCUUCAGCCUCCUCGGGCUCCUGGCCGCCGCUGUGGCCAGCCCUGUGCUGUGGCAGAAGGAAUGUGCCAAGGGGCCCGAGGUGUGGUGCCAGAGCAUUCGCACGGCGUCGCAGUGCGGGGCACUCAAGCACUGCCAGCAGAACGUCUGGAGCAAGCCUGCUGUGAGCAGUAUUCCCUGUGACUUGUGUAAGGAGCUUGUGACAGUUGCUGGCAAAAUUUUAAAGGAUAAUGGCACUGAGGAUGAGAUCCGCUCUUACUUGGAGAAGACCUGCGAGUUUCUUCCUGACCCAAGCCUUAUCUCUGAGUGCAAAGAAAUUGUGGAUUCCUACCUACCAGUUAUCAUGGAUAUGGUCAAGGAAGAGCUUGAUAAACCUGAGGUUGUGUGCAGUGCCCUUGCUCUGUGCCACUCCCUUCAGAAGCACCUUGCAGCAAUGAAACUCCAGAAACAGCUCCAGACCAACAAGAUCCCAGAGCUGGAUUUCUCUGAGCUGGCAUCCCCGUUCAUGGCCAACGUGCCUCUUCUCCUUUACCCUCAGGAGAAGGCCAAGCAGAAGCCUAAGGCUGGUGGGGAUGUGUGCCAGGAUUGCAUUCAGCUGGUCACUGAUGUUCAGGAGGCUGUGAAGACAAACUCCUCUUUUGUGAAGUCUUUGGUUGCUCAUGCCAAGGAGGAGUGUGACCGUUUGGGACCUGGCAUGUCUGAUAUGUGCAAGAGCUACAUCUCUGAGUACUCUGACCUGGCCAUCCAGAUGAUGAUGCACAUGCAACCAAAGGACAUUUGUGCCAUGGUUGGGUUCUGUUCUUCUGUGAAGUCUGUUCCCCUUCAGCCUCUGGUGCCAGCUCAGGUGGUUCAUGAGGUGAAAAUGGAAAUUGUGGAGAAGGCCUCAGUUCAAGAGAAGACUUUUUCCUUGUGUGAAAUCUGUGAGACCAUGGUGAAAGAAGUGACUGGCCUCUUGGAGAGCAACAAGACAGAGGAGGAGAUUGUGCAUGAGAUGGAGGUGGUGUGCCGCCUGUUCCCAGGCACUGUCAAGGACCAGUGCAAGGACUUCAUCGAGGUCUAUGGCCAGGCUGUCAUUGACAUGCUCUUGGAGGCAACAAAUCCUGAAGCUGUUUGUGCCAUGCUGAAAUGCUGUGCAGCCAGCAAGCUUCCCCAGCAGCCAGCUGUGGUGAAACCUGCAGGUGGCUUCUGUGAUAUCUGCAAGAUGGUGGUGGCUUAUGCAGACAAAGAGCUAGAGAAGAAUGCCACGACAGCUGAAAUUGAAGCUUUACUGGAAAAAGUCUGUCACUUCCUGCCAGAGUCUGUCAGUGAACAGGUCCGUCUCUCAAGUGUCUCUGCUUCUGCUAUAAAUGUCCAGUGUGUGCAGUUUGUGGAACAGUAUGAACCCGUGGUUGUGCAACUCUUGGCAGAGGUGAUGGAUCCCACUUUUGUUUGCACUAAACUCGGAGUGUGUGAGUCAGCUAAAGAGCCUCUCCUGGGGAAUGAUGCCUGUGUCUGGGGUCCAGGCUACUGGUGUAAGAACAUGGACACUGCUGCUCAGUGCAAUGCUGUUGAUCACUGCAAACGUCAUGUGUGGAACUAGAAGAAGACUUUCCUGUUCUGAAAGUUUGCCAUGGCUCUUAGGAAAUGUGGGCUGAGGUUGGCAGAGAGCUGUAUCUCACCUGUCCCUCCUCUCUGCCUCAUUAACAAUUUGACCUUCAAGUUC